GGUGGGGAAAAGGCGGGAGUUGUGGGAGCAGGACAGGGGGCGGGGCAAGAUGGCGCGGGAACGCGAGAUGCAGGACUUCAUCCGGAGCCUCUUCCGGGGUCGCCCCGACCUGAGCGUGCUGACCCACUCCAUCGUGCGACAGAAGUACCUGGCCCAUGUGGGCCUGGACCACCUGGAACCCGAGGACAAGAGGAAGCUGAAGCGGUUGGUGGAGGAGGAGCUGCUGAAGAUGCAGGUGGAGGGGGAUGAGGAGGAAGAGGAGCUGCUGUCUGGGGACCAGGACCGGGUGAAGCGGCCCCUCAGCCCAGCCAGCGCCUCCAGAACGUCCCAAGUGAAGAAGAGGAGGAAGCCGUGCAUCAACUCAGAGACAGAACACAGCUCAGAUGACUCAGGCCUUGAUCCCCAGCCCGAGAGCCCCCCAAGCUCCCCAAGGUCCCUGGCAGGGAAUGGUAUAACAACAAAGGAUUGCUGCUCUUCUGAGAAGGGGGUGAAGGAGCCUGAGGAGAGUCUAACUCCAUCCAGGAAGAUGACAACUAAGGAGGAUGAGGACCUUGAGGAAGGAAGCGAAGAAGAGGAGGAAGAAGAGGAGUUUAGGGCCAUUGUAAGAAAGAAGGGAGUAAAGGAAGUUUUGGAGGAGGAGAGUGAAAGCAGCAGUGAGGAGGAAGCAUGUCACAAACAUAAGGGUAGGGUUGGAAAGAAGGAAUCAACAAAGCCAGGUAAGGAGGAGCAGAAAGUAAAUCCUAGAAUGAAGGGAGCAAGGAAAGCCGUGCAGCUGACUAACAGUGAUCAGACUGACAGUGAGGGGGGGGACGGAGUUAUACCUCAGAAGAAGAGACCAAAACCUCCAGAGGAAAUGAAGGAGUAUUCUGCCAGGAAGAAGGUGGUUGGAAAGUCAGCGAAUGAGGAAAGUAGUGAAGACGAUGAGAAAAAAGAUCUGGCUAGGAAAAGGGAACCAAAACCAGUUGCUGAAGAGAACACUAGAUUUAAGGGGAGUUCUAGGAAGAAGGGAAUGAGAAAAGUGGUGAAAGACAAUAGCACGAGUAGUGAUGAGGAAGAGGAAAGCAAUGAGUAUUGCAGGGACCAGAAAAUAAGGGGAGGGAAGCCAGGAGGGAAGCAAGCAAAAACUGCAAGAGGAGGGAAGAAGUCACUGAAACAGAGUGAAAGCAGUGAAGAAGAGAGGGACAAGAAGGGGAAGGGCAAUUCUGGGAAGAAGGGAGAGAAAAAGGCUGUGGAGGAAGAGAGCGAGGAUAGCAGUGAGGCAGAGAAGGGAAGGAAAAAAGCUCCCAGUGAGGAGGAAAGUGGAACGGAUGACAGUAACAAGAGUUGCUCCAGGGAGAAGGAAGUCAAAAACAUUGAGAAUGAGUCUGAAACAAGUGAAGAUGAGGAAGAAAGGACAGGAAGGACCAAGAAGAAGGAGGCCAGAAAGGGCCGUGUACCACCCUCUUCCACUUCCUCACAGGAUAGUAGCCCAGAGGCCAAAUCAGGGAAGGGCUCUCGAAGAGGAGAGGACCACCCUGCAGUAGUUCGGCUAAAGCGAUACAUUCGAGCCUGUGGUGCCCAUAGAAAUUACAAGAGACUGUUGGGUUCCUGCCGCUCUCAUCAGGAACGACUCAGAGUCCUCAAGGCAGAACUGCAAGAUUUAGGCUUAGAGGGUAACCCUUCCCUGGAGAAGUGCCGAGCAGUGAAGGAGCGAAGGGAGGAGGCAGCAGAGAUGGCCUCUUUGGAUGUCAGUAACAUCAUCAGUAGUUCAGGGCGGUCUCGGAGACGAAAUGCCUGGAACCCUCGUGGGGAAGUUGGGCUACUGCAGGAGGAGCUAUAUCAUCGAAGAGCCCUGGAUUCAGAUGGGGAUGAGCCAAGGGCCCACCCACCACCUACUGACUGGUCAAACCUUCGGGGCAUCAUCAGCAGUGAUGGGGAGAGUGACUAAGCAGCCCCACAGCUUCUAGAAGCCACAGUGCCUCUAAGCAUAGGAAGGAAUCUGCUCCUGCCCUUGUAUAAAGUGUAUAGAGCACCCCCUACUGGGUCUAAGUAUUUAUAAAUGUAUUUCCUUUCCUGUUUCCAGUUUUGUCUGUCCAUGGUAGGUAAACCUUUUUCUUACCUGGAAUGGUGAAUGUAACAGCAGUGGCUUUCAUACCUACAAGGAUAAAGUUGAGAGUCUGGGCUCUUAGAUUCUUGUUCUCCUGUUUUGACUGAAAUAUUGGCAUUUGUGUGGGCUUUAAAAGUCUCAAUAAAUGAAUAUUUGUUAUC